AUGUCAUCAAAAGGCGAGCCGAUGGGAUUCAGAAGGCUGAGAUCGCUACGUCAGCAGAUCAAAGUUGUGCUAGCACCCGUGGUAUUUGCAUUCAUUCCGUUGAUAUGGCCCCGCAAGGUUUGUAGUUUAUAGUUUUUAACCGAACAAACAUGGUGUUCAAACAUUGCAUGGGAAAAGGGUUUAAUCUUUUUUUAGACAUUAUGAUUUUAAACAAUUUAAAAUUAAAAAAAAGGUGAUACGUUUGAUCAACAGGGCCGGAUGGAGUAGGAUAGGGUAGGGUAAGACAGGGUAGGAUAGAAAAGGGUGAAAUAGGGCUACAGUAAACAAAAUUAGAAAAACGUUACUUUUUAGAGUUAAAACGCUUCAUUUACACAACGAAAGUAUAUAACCUGCCCGCUCACAAUCAGCUCAAAAUUUUGUAUAUGAAUUUCUUGCACCACCAAUAGUACUCAAAAAAAAAUUUUGUCUUGUGCUUUUGAGUUUUAAACUCUAAAUUUUUAAGUUUCACGCCAAUUUGGCAAAUUUGGCAUUGUGUUUUUAGCACUUUUUUUGCUUUUUCUAUACAAUCUAUGUUUAAAAAUUUAAAAAUGUAGAUUCAUUUAAAGGUUUUCUACUAGUAUAUCGAAGAAAAAUGACGUAGUUAUAAGCUUGCACACUGCCAAUUUGGCGGGAAAUUCAAAAUGUCAUUCUGUGCUCUCGAUAUUUUUGGGAUACUAUGGAAAUUGCAAUUUAGUACGUUGCUGAAGAUCCUAUGUUUGUUUAUAUGAUCUUUUAUUAUAAAACGUCUGAAGACAAUCAAGACGAAGCAGGUAGACAGCACCUCCUUUGCAAGUUGGUUCCUUUCUUUCAUUUUUUUGACUAGUACAGCACAAUUUAUUGUUCUCUACCUCUUCCACCUGCCCAAAAUGUGACAAAGACAACUCAACAAGCUCACACGAACACCAACCGGUAUAAAACACAUAAAAUUCGCUAUGCAAAACACAUAAAACGGCCUAAAAAUGCAAGAUUGCAACAAAACUUGACCAAAACUUGAGCUUUUUGCAAUUGUCAGGAUUGUAAAGGUGACUGAUAACUAAUUUACGACCAUCUAGUGCAUUCCAUUAAUUACUUGUUAUUUUAUGUGUUCUCUUAUCUCCGUGAUUUUUGAAUUUUCAAACGUAAUUUGUACGAAAUGACAUUGGUCUUUUGUCGAGUGACGUUCCGGCCAUCAAAAACCUGUUUUAUGACCAAACUGUCGGUGAACGUUCUGAAUGGGAAUGAGCUCAAAAUUGGGUCAAAAUUGAUUUUUUUUGUAAUAUAUGAUAAACCAAACGUAUUUCAAAAAGCAAAAAAAAACAAAUUAAAAUUAUGCCCUACCCUAUCUUAUGAAAACCAUAUAAAAACAAGAAUUUAUGUUUCAGGAAGCCUAUGCCGCCUACGUGGUAUGUAUCAUGGCGUACUAUUGGGUGUCCCAAGCCCUACCCAUAGCCGUCACAGCCAUGAUACCCAUCCUCGCCUACCCACUGUUCGGAGUAACAAAUGCUCGACACAUCUCGACCGUCUACUUCUCCGACAGCAACGUUCUCUUCUUCGGGUCAAUGGUAUUGGCAGUAGCAGUUGAAGUCAGUAAUUUUCAUGAGAGAGUGGCGUUGAAGAUCUUAUUGACAACCGGUCCAAAUCCACGAAGACUUUUGCUUGGAUUUAUGUGUGCCACUUCUGUUUUAUCGUUUUUCAUUUCGAAUACGGCUACUACGGCGCUGAUGGUGCCAAUUGUGGUUGCGGUUAUUAAAGAGCUUGAGAAUUGCCAUGCUGAGUAAGUUUUGAUUUUUAAAAACUUGUUUAAAGUUGCUUUUGACUUAAGUUUGUAUUUCUAAUUUGGUUGUGUCACUUUGCUUAAUUUCCAAUAAUUUUGUGACUCUUCGACAAUUUUUCCAAUAUUUUUGUGACGUUUCGUUUAAGUUAAAAUAAAAUGUAAAAAAAUAUUAUAAUAUAAAUAUAAAAGUUACAUUUUACACACUUUUUAGCUUUUUUGAGUUUUUCAAUGACAUUUUGACACUUCGUCUAAUUUUAAAUAAUUUUGUGAAAUUUCGUUAAAAUCGUAAAAACUUUGAAGAAAUAAUGUAUUUUAUUUUCAAGUAUAUGUGAUUUUUAGCUAUUGUUAAAGAUUUUUAUAUUUUCCAAUAACCUUGUGACACUUUGUCAAAUUUUCCAAUAAUUUUUUGCCAUUUCGUCAAAUAAUAAAAUUUUUAAAAAAAUUUAGCACUACAUAAAGGAAGUAUUUAAAGACGAUCAAACACAAAAAUAAAAUUGAUCAAAAUAAUAUUUUUAGAGACAAACUAGAAUCCCAAGCAUCAGACGAGAUAGAAAGUGUAGAAGAAGAAGCUGGUGAUGAAGUGCUAAACCUUACUGGAGUGCCAAAAGAACGUGUCAAUAUAUAUAAAGGUCUGUUAUUAUCAACAUGUUUUACUGCAUCUUCAUCUGGUACAAUUAUGUUAACUGCGACUGGUGCCAAUAUUGUUUUAAGCGGGUAUAUGGAUCAACAGUACGGUAGUAACCAGCCCAUUACAUUCUUCUCAUGGUUAACAUAUGCAUUGCCAAUUUCUGGAGUGCUGACUGUUGUAUUAUACUUUUGGUUGAUAAUACUUUUCAUUGGUUUUAAGUAGGUUUUUGGAGGCUUGAGUUUUUUUUGGGCGGAGUGUUUUUGUUUUUUUGAAUAGGGGUGGUUAUUUUGAAAUUUUUCAGGUCCUUUGAAUCAAGCCAAAAUGACGUUAUCACUAACCUUUUCCGUAAAAAGUACAACAUGCUAGGUCCAAUAAGAUAUGUUGAGAAGAAUCUUAUGGUUAUGUUUGGAUUGAUUGUCACAUUAUGGCUUUUCCGAAACCCUAAAGUCAUCCCUGGCUGGGGCAACAUUUUUACCGCGGGGUAAGUUACCUACACCAAGUUUUGAAUUACCCUACCCUACUCUUAUUCGACCCUACAAUGAAGAACCAAUGUUAUACUAAUUUUUUCAGAUACGUCAGUGACGGUACCGUAGCAAUGUUCGUAUCACUAUUACUGUUCUUUUUACCGGCCGAGAAUCCUUUUACAUACACGGGUACAAAGAAGAUUCCAACAAUAAUGAAUUGGAAGCACAUGCAGGAAAAGUUUGCCUGGAGCACUUUUCUACUGCUGGGUGGUGGUUAUGGUAUAGCUGCUGGUAGGUUUUCCUGUUUAUCAGUGAUUUUACUUUUAUAAAUAUUAUAUGGUAUACUGUAUAUACUUUACUCUAGGCUAUAUUGUAUCUUAUGGUCUACCGUACUCUUGGUUUUACUGUGCCCUAUAACCUAUUGUGCUUUCUGUACUCUCAGCCUUAUUAAAUCAUGUGACCCUACAGUACCCUGGCGGUUAUUGUGCCCUAUGACCUACCAUACAUACUGUUCUUUAGGCUGUAUUAAACCUUAUGAUCUACUUUACUCUAGGAUGUAUUGAAUCAUAAAUCUUCCGUAUUCUAAGCUUUAGCAUGAUCUAUGAGCUACCCUACAUACUGUAGUCUAACAUAAGCUUUAUUGAACCUUAGAACCUAUUGUACUCUAGGGCUUUCCGUGAUUGUACCUACUUUACUCUAAGCUCUACUCUACUCUAUUGCCGGUUGUAUCCUAACAACUAUAACUAAGAUAAAAACCCUUAUUUUAGGAGUAGAAAAGUCAGGCCUAUCAAAACUGAUCAGUCGACAUCUAGCUGAAUUCAAUGAUCUUCCAGACUGGGCCUUCCUCAUGCUCAGUGGCCUCAUAGUAACCUGCCUAACCGAAUUCUCAUCAAACGUAACAACCGCUUCCAUCUUUAUACCUAUGAUGGAUUCGCUAGCGCAAGCUCGUCAGUCUAAUCCAUUACUGUUCAUAUUACCCAUCACAUUAUCAUGCUCCUACUCUUUCAUGUUCCCAGCAGCUACACCUCCGAAUGCCAUUGUGUUUGGACUGAAAGUAAUGAGUUUAAUGGAUAUGGCCAAAGCUGGGGCCAUAUUGAAUAUUGUGGGAUUUGUGCUGUUACAAGGAAUGACCAUGACAUAUGGGUCAUGGAUAUUUGGACUAGAUUCAAUGCCUUCUUGGGCGAAUAAAACGGCUUUGGCAUUGACUUCAUAUGAUGAGUGGUGA